UCCUUCGAGAAUAUUCUGUCCACUUGGCCUCGUGGUGGCAUAGCGCAGUUUGUCUGUCGCUCUGGCAUCGAUGAGGCAUCAGCCCAGAAGUGCUACGAUGGAUUGCGCGACGCACUUCGUGAAGCUUCGGUGCACCUAAGGCGGAUAGGGGAGACAGUGAAGACGAGCAGUCGCGUGGUUCCUCAAGACCUGCGGGCCAGCAGCUUCACGGUAUCGGGCCUCCUGUACAAGCCGGUGUUCUCUCCCGCCAGGGCCGAGUGGCACCUGAGGCGGAGUGAUGGCACCGCCGAUGGAACGCCCGGUGGAACAACCGCAGCAGUCGACGCCACCGAUUGCGUAUCGUUCGUGGCACUCGUUCUUACCGAGCUUCUCCAUUGUUCCCAGUUUGCACAACUUGAUGAGGAUGCUGCGAAUUCACCGCCAAGUCGUCCCCUGCCCUGAACCUGUGCCAGCGGAUGAGGGCGAUGUCUCGGUAGCUGCUUCUGCCGGGACAUCAGCGAGUCCAGUGGACUCUGAAGAUUCUGGUUUUGGUGGCCGAUGGCAGAGACUGCUUGCAUUCAUUGCGCCACGCCGGAGAAGCACCACUAGAAGUUCCUUUGCAAGAAUUAUUGUGAAGUUGGCUGAGCCUACCCAUUCAAGCAGCAUCGGCAAAGAAAAAGCACCUGCCGACUCUGGUCAACCACACGCAGACCUCAAUCGCAGUAGCCCGUGGGUCAGUGGGGAUGCACAAACGGUGAAUGUUCACGCACUAGACUUACCAGGACCUAGUGGCCUUCAGAAAAUAUCAAGAGUCCAACGCAGCAGUGGAGACUACCACAGUAGUGAUUCAGACAGCGUGUCAACAUUAAGUCAACUGGAAGACUUGGCCUCAUCAUCGACCCCAACCAAGUCAGAUGUCGAACCCGACCCCCAAAGUAUUGAAAUGUCUGGCAGUUCGAGAAGCGGUGAAUUGGAAUCAGCGGAGUUGUCAAAAGGUCCUGCUACUCAGCCGAAUAGCAGCGAUCCAAGUCGCAGUGAUGAACCAACCACGACAUUCAGCUUCGCCCUACCUUCCGUGCCACUCGCUUUAGCACCAAACCGGCCAAAACCUUUAUCACUGAUCCCCAAGAUUCAACAUGACCCGACAUUACCUGCAGUAACUUCCCGCCAUCCUUUGACAGUGAUAGCCGGUCGACUGAAAAAGACCAAGACAUCAGUGCUUAAGUUGAUGAACAUCAUACCGAAAUAUCUUCCCGAGACAAUAGAAUUUUCAAGGCGAAUGUGGCUCGUACAUCCCAGAUACUACCAAGAUGAACGCGCUGCUGCCAAAAUAUUGGGUCGUCUGGCCGAACGACUCAGGAGAGAUGACCCGUUUUGGCCUACAGACGUCGUUAGAAAUCCUACCUGCAACCACAAUGACAUAACGGCGUGCUGGCUGUUGGGCCACCAAGAAAAAGCCUGCUCCCUCCUUGAAGUCGUGGGUUACGAAAUAGUUGAGAACGAGCGGCAGUGCUUUAACCUGCAACACUUUGAUGGUGUUAUGUACGGAGAAAACGCAGCCACUGAAUAUGAUCCCGCAAUCAUGGAGGCUCUGACGUUCUUACUCUGGCUUUUGGAAAGACACCGCUGUAUAGAUAGUAUAUCGAUGGGACAUCCCCUCGUUACUGAGCCCGUGAGGAACAUUUGUCUCAUGGAGAUGAUGACAGUUGCAGGAAAACUUGUUACCGCACGGAUAGGUGUUGGCUUGAAUCGUCUACCAAAUAUUCACGGGAUCUUUGGUGAUACACUAAGAGUGUCUUUCGUUACCAUGUUUCAAGGCAUCAAUACUCUUCGUGAACUGUGUUUUUUCGGGCUUCGCCUCCUUAGGGAUAAUUACGAUGAGCAACAAAUUGCAGCGGUCAUUAGCAGCAAUCAUUCACUGAGAACUCUGCAGUUCUGUCGCUGCAUCUUUUCUACGACGCUGCUAAAAAGCUUAGUUGCUCUAAUUGUCGGAAACGAUAAGCUUGAAGAUGUCCGGCUAAUCAUGGAAACGAAUCAGGACCUUGACUUACACGAUGAGGCCUUAACUAUGUUAAGUAAAUCGAAAGGAAACCUUAAGAGACUUAGUAUUAAACUAACGUAUGGUCUAAAAGACUUCUUGGGUGCCAUGGCGUCAAGCAUUCACCUCACCCACCUAGAAGUAAGCAACCGUACAGACAUUGGAACUUUGGAGGGGCUCUGUGGUACCCUGAAUCCUAGCUCUUCAAUCAGGCACCUGAUCAUUUCUCUUGACUUGAGGAAUCUACGAGUGCUUGAAGAUAUGCAAAUUAUCCAACAGUUUGCAACAGCCAUAAGAAAGUCUAAGCUGAAAGUGUUGAGACUACCAAACUCCCACUUCACACUUCCCGUCAUUGAAGCUCUUGGCGACGCUUUGGCAACAAACACUGAGAUGAGGGAGCUAGACCUAACUGAGGCAUAUCUGAGGUGUGACCUGGCACUUGCGCUAGUGAAGCGCGUACUCAACAGGAACAAGACACUCUGGGAACUUAAAUUGGGAGCCCUGCGCCCAUGGUUAGCGCUGGGCGAAAGCGAGGGGCCAAUGGUAUCACAAUUUGAUGUGUUAGAUUACAUUGUGAAAAACACUCCCCUUGUUGACACAUCAAAGCCAGAAUUUGGACCAGAAGCAAGCAAUGAUGGGCACGCCUGGAUAUCAAAAGUUUAUUAUCCAGAAGAAGCGCAAGCACUGUUGCAACUUAUGUGGAAGCACGUGGUAUUCCGUAGAAUCGAGCUUGACUUCAGCCACAACUUUCAAUGGGAUCAGGAUACAUAUGGUCAUCUUCUCAGCUUGUUGGCGGACUAUGGGACGCAUAAUAUAGAUGUGUUUUCAUUGACGACAACUAUAGCCAUAGAUGACUGCGCCGCUGUGUGUUUAUCAAAGCUCAUUAUUCUAUCCCAGGGUCUCAGUACUGUGACGGUAGAGCUCCCAUAUGAGUCGUCAGAAGAGAUAUGGAAGGUGUUGCUCGAAGCCCUGGCUGUCAACAUUAAUAUCUCAAAAGUCAGGAUCUCAGGUUUCCUUCAAACACCUAGCGUCCUGGCCUACUUACGGCACAUGUGUACUCAAAACCGAGGCCUACGAGAGCUUGAAAUGCACAUACAACACGAUAAUGAGACGUUCAUUAGAGAGCUGCCUGAGAUGCUUUCAGGAUGUUACACUCUGACAGAAUUCGAGCUAACUGUAGGCAAGCCACCCUGCCAGAAACCUGUCAAAGGCAUCAGGAAGCUACUGCGGAGAAACCUCCUGAUGAUCAACAUGGGAGUGGCAGCCAUCACAAGACAUAAAGAAGCUCCCCACGGAGGUGGCCUAGUACCCAGCGAGAGGCUAGGUGGCCAAUCGAGUGCUUGGGCCGUAGAAGCGGCGACAAAAUACCCAAAGGUUGACGAUUUGGUAGCAAAAGAGGCAGAUUGUUCUUUUCAAGACGCCACUCUGAAGGUGCGAGAGGCGCGUUUGUCUGUGAAAAAGAACAUACUAAAGCGCGCCACAGUCUACAAAGGUGAGCGCCCGACACCAGCCCACCCAACGAAGAAGGCCGGGUUCCACAAACUUGAUGUAGAGUCCGUGCAAAGAAUUUCAACCUAUCUGAGCUCGUUCGAUAUUAAAUUGCGUGAAUCAUCACGUAGACUCCCGCCAGUCAGCUCGGACCAUCUUUGGUUGCCACGUGCGGCCACGGUAAGGUUUCGCCGGACAUGCAAGGACCAAAAACUCCGCAGUCAAUAUUUGGAAGAGGAAUCAAGACGAAUUGCAGCAUUGGGUGGUGCCGCACACGCGGAUAUAGCGGCUGGCGUGGCGCAAGAGGUCGUCGUCCCUGUUUGGGACGAAGCGGCAGCUGGCCGAGAGGUUGUUCCCGAGGGUCAGGAAGUCAUCGGUCAAGAGGGCGUAGCCGAUGAUGACGCAUUUGCUAUACCGUAUGCCGAAGUCCUUGAAGUUGGAGUGGGGGGACCCUUCGACGAAGAAGUUGGGAUUCUAUCAGGUGACCAUCAAGUGGAUGCAGCCGAGAUUCAGGGCGCAGAUGUGGUUAUUCAAGGUGGGGCUGAAAAUCGCCCAGGCCUUCUAGAUGAGAACCUAUUCGGCAAUAACGAAGCUGGAAAUCAGGCUGUCGCCGUUCAAGUAGAAGCUGACAAUGCUGGUGCAGUUGUAGUUCAAGAUCUUGCGGUUGGUAUUGAGGCUGACCAAGAGGCCGCCGCAGACCAAGAGGCACUAGUUCAAGCGGGCGCAGCCUGGGUAUAUGAAGCCGAGAGUCACGCAGCCCAUGAUCCCCAAGGAACAGCUAAUCAGUAGGGUACUGCAGCCGUUGAAGCUGCACCAGUCGAAGAGGACGGACUCGUGUAGACAUUGGCGAAUUUUCUUCAGUAAUUCAAAGAGCGGGAUGAGAGCCCUGUUUCAAGAGGGCCAUCACCAACUAGUGGCAUAAGGUUUGAAGCCUAUAGUUAUGGGAGGCUCACCUGGAAUACCGAAAGACGCAGCCAUUGACGUUGCUGACCAGGAGACAUGAGAAAUACAAAAGCCACCAGGCUGCAGAGAAGUGAUAGAAUCUAGUUCAGCUUUUAGCGUGCGUUCAGAGGACAGUUCACUCGCACAACUCAGCUUUGUACAAUGUAUGUCUGUAAAUUAGAAAGUGGAUUUUUAGCGAGAUGCUUCGCGUUAUUCAGCAAUCUUCCGAUUACCAUUUAAUAAGCAACAGAAUUGUCGAGUUUUAGUAAAAAAAGUCCUGCAUUUUGUGUGAUUGUAUUAGUGAUACUGAAUCUUUUCAGCAGAACAUUUAGGAUUGAGCCAAAUGAUCUAGGAUUGAGCACUUCACAAUUUGCUAGUCAGUUUUGAUUCUCAGAAAGCAGUGUAAGAUGGCUAUUUGUUUAGCCUUUUAAAAAAUAAUACGAAUAAAGGGUUCGCAUCGGGAAGCUAUUUUUUUUUUAAUCUGGCGCUACAUUUAGCUUUAGCUGACUGUACUACGCUAGAAAUUCUUAAAAUGUAUCUGAAUGUACUGUGGUAGAAAAUAUUGUUGAAACAGCGAAAUGUAAUAUCUCAGAAAUUUCUGAAAAAUAAAG